AUGGCGCAGCAGAAAGAGCAGAAAGACAUCUGGUCUGCCGACCUUUACGGCGAGAAGGUGGCCCCAUUCGUUGCAACUUCGACUGAGAAAGUUCUCGAAUGGCUGGACCCCAAGCCCACUGGCUUAGCAAACAAGACAGAUGAAAUUCUCGAUAUUGGCUCCCAUGUUAAACGAAUUGUGGGCGUCGAUGGCUCACCCAACAUGAUCCAACACUUCAAGAAGGCCUACCCACACAUUGAGUCACGGGUUGUCGAUUGUCAACUGCUGGAUCAAGAGUCGGACCUCACAACUGGGAGUUUUGACAAGGUCUUUUCGAACGCUGCCUUGCAUUUGAUACUGAGAGACCCUGAAACCAGAUCCAAUACGAUCAAGGGCUGCUUCGAGGCGCUCAAACCAGGUGGCCUUCUGAUCAAUGAAUUCGGUACGCUGGGAAAUGUGGCCGAGGUGCAUUCCGCAAUUAUCAGCGGUCUAGCCACUCAAAGUAUUCCUGUUGAGCAGGCACGCUUUAACUGGGUCAAGGGCGAGGUCCAGCUCAGACAGACCACGUUGACAGAGCAUGAAAAUGGUGGUCUUGAAGGAUGGAUUCGUCUGUUUGGUGAGCCCUUUCUCGAACUCCUUCCGUCGACCGAGGCACGCGAUGUAGCCGUCAAACACGCCGUUGACGUUCUCGAGGCUGUUGGAAGACAGCAGCAUGAUGGUUCUUUUACUGUCAACUACAUUCGCCUUCGCUUCGUUGCUCAAAAGCCAGAGUGGUGUCCUCUUAGGUCUAGGGAAUCCUGUAUCUCAACACAGUUCAUAAUCUCUCGUGCUUCACAAUCAUGA